AUGAAGGGGACGCUGCUUCUGCUGGCCUUGCUGGUGACCGGGGAGCUGGGCUUCCAGACAACGGAAGCAUGCAUCCCUUUAUUUGAAGUCUUAACUCCAAUGGCCUUUGGAAACAAGGAAAUAAUGAAUGCCGUCCUUACCACGUUUGAUGCUACUGACGGGGAGAGGAAGGGUUUUGAAAAGAUCCAGGAAUGCUACAAUGAGGGAGGAUUGAAAACCAAAUUCCUGGAUUCCACAGUUCUGCAAACCAUUACCCUCAGCCCACAAUGCAGGAAAUACUAUACCAUAGAUACCAUAGAAAAAAUUAAGGCACUCCUUUCCAAAUUUAACAUCCCGGGAAAAUGAUGGCUGAUCUGAGAGCCACCUUGCCGCCCUGUCCACUUUUCGUCCUGAAGCUGGAGUCCAAACACCUGACUGAAACUCCUUGUUCUGUCUUAAUCUGAUUCUAAUAAACACCUGCAGCUCA